AUAGCGUAGUCUGGCUCAGCAGAUACUUUGCUGGUCUGAAGCCAACAUCUGGACACAGGCUUAAAACUACGACUGCAAUGUCGUCUGAAGCAGCUUCUGAAAGUGGCCAUGUGCUAGUAGGGCAUAUUGCUUCUCUUCAUUGUUACCCAAUCAAGUCAUGCACUGCCAUCUCUUCAGAUGCCGCUAGCAUCACCCAGUUAGGACUGAAAAUAAGCGAUAUUACAGACAGACAUUUCAUGGUGGUGAAGGAAAAUGGUGAUUUCAUCACCCAGCGGCAAAAGGCUAGGAUGGCAAGUAUAAGAACUGCCGUAGAAGAAGGUGAACUGGUUUUGCAGUCUGACUUCAUGAAGACCUCCUGCAGAGUUCCCCUGAAACCCGCCGCUGAGAAGGAGAAGAUCAAAUCUUGUCGAGUCUGGAAGGAUAGGCUGGACAGUUUGGACUGCGGUGAAGCUGUUUCUACUUGGCUGUCUGAGUGUGUGGGUGAGCCUGGUCUAAGACUGGUGGCCACUCUACCCGAGAUGAAGAAAAGGCCAAUUUCCCACUCUAACACUUUACCACAGGAUGAGCUGGCUUAUCAUGAUGAUGGCCCUCUCCUGGUGACCAACACGGCUUCUCUGAAGGACCUCAAGUCCAAGAUUCCAGGAUCAGAGGAGAUUACAAUGACCAACUUCCGACCUAAUAUUGUUAUUGAGACGAUCAGCAAGGAACCAUGGGAAGAGGACCGGUGGACAAGCCUGUUUAUAGGUGACAGCAAAAACGUUCAGCUGAAAGUGUUGUUUCCUUGUGGCAGGUGCCUUUUUACAACGAUUGACCCAAAAAAAUGUGAAAGGAGAAGUGAUGGGGAGCCCCUGAAGACAUUGAAAACGUUCCGGGUGUUUCCAGAGAUAGAUAAGACGUCUCCAAUGUUUGGUGUGUAUGGUGGCGUGCGAUCUGAAGGCAUAGUCAAGGUUGGAGAUCCUGUGUUUGCUAUUAAAGCAGUGUAGCUUGCAUCAACGUCAAGUUGAGUAAAAUGCACAUAAGAUUUUAUAGCCUUGUGCCAUUUUUCUUAAGUUGGAUUCAUUAUUACUCCUGGUUUAUGGCUCUUCCUUUGAAUUGUGUUGAUUAUGAUUUGAUUCUUGUUUAACUUCUUAAGACCCAUCAAAGAAAAAAAUGGUAAGAGAAAAGAAUAUUUGACGUCAGUUUCACUAAGUUCAAAAGCAAAACAAAAAAUACUUGGUGUAUGUAAUUUUACAGAUCAACUAAAACUAAAAUCCUUGUGUUGUUGUUUGUUUUCUAAAUAACCUUUCAUUCUUGAGAACCUUAUGAUAAAGCUUUAGAAGAUGAAUGUAGAAU